CACCGAGGCUCCGGGGCCGCUCAGCAAGAUGGCUGCGUUCCUCCGAGCUCGUAAAUAUGUCCGCUGCGUGGUCCGUUUCUCCGACCGUGAACUGUAAACGGUACCGUUGACCAUCUGCGAACACAACGAGGAAAGCCUCAAGCCAAAGUGUUAUGGCUGAAGAAAAUUCAAAUAUUGAAGGUAUGUUGGAGGAGGACGAAGAUGACAGUUCAGAUGAACCAAACAUUCAGCUGGAGCUCACUGCGUUCAGAGCUCAGUGGAUGUCCGAACUCAAACCCAGCUCCGGGGCGAGUGACCGACUCGCUCGAGCUAAAGGCGUAAGGAGGACUCAAGAAAUUGCUCGGGAAGAAAAAGCCACAGAGUUGUUUCUGAGAGCUGUGCAGGAGGAGCAGAAUGGGGCCGUCUAUGAAGCUAUCAAGUUCUAUCGUUUGGCUAUGCAGCUUGUUCCCGACAUCGAAUUUAAAAUCAACUACAGCCGUCCUGCUGACACGGACAGAGGUGGAGGAAACUUCAGUGAAGACAGCUAUGCAGACUGUGAGAUUGAGGAUCUACUUGCCUACUUUGAGCAGCAGAUCGCCCUGGAGAGCGCCUUCCCAAAGAUCUGCACUCCUGAGCUUGAAAUGACUCAAAUGCAUAUUUCAGCGUUGCCACGGGAAAUCCUGAUGUACAUAUUUCGUUGGGUUGUGUCAAGCGACUUGGACAUGCGAACCCUGGAGCAGCUUUCUUUGGUUUGUCGGGGUUUUUACAUUUGUGCCAGGGACCCAGAGAUUUGGCGUUCUGCUUGUCUGAGAGUGUGGGGGCGCAACUGCACCAAACUUGUACCUUUCAAGUCCUGGAGGGAAAUGUUUCUGCUGAGGCCGCGUGUCCGUUUUGAUGGCAUUUAUAUCAGCAAGACAUCGUACAUCCGCCAAGGAGAGGAAUCACUGGAUGGCUUUUACAGGGCUUGGCAUCAUGUUGCGUAUUUCAGGUAUCUCCGGUUCUUCCCUGAUGGUCACGUCCUCAUGCUCACCACCCCCGAGGACCCUCUGUCUGUUGUUCCCCGCUUGCGUACCAGAAACCCCAGAAUGGAUUCCGUUCUGUUCGGUCAUUACCGUCUGUUGCAGGAGACGGACAAUCAAACCAAAGUUUUUGCUGUUUGCAAGAAAAAAGAGGAGAAAGCAGCUGAGAUUCCGAGGAAUCGGUUCUACAGGCGGAGCCCGGCUCCAGAGGCCGAGCACAGCUUCCAUGUGGGACUGCGUCUGUCCUCCAGGGGGCAGCAGAGCUUCAGUAAGCUCGUGUGGAUCCACCACUCCUGCCACAUCACUUACAAGUUGACUGGGGAGACGGUCAUCACAACGUUCGACCUUGACAAGAUGUACUCGCCCUUCUUCUUUGCACGUGUGAAGAGUUACACUGCUUUCUCUGAGCAGCCGCUGUAAGGAGGAAAAAAAGACCUGUGCAUGAUCCCAUGAACAUCACAGAAGAAGCUGUGUCCCCAUUA